AUGGAUAAUAUCAGUAUGCCUGGUAGUCAACCUCCCAAUUCUUCAGUUGAGGAACCUACGGUGGUGGAAGCCCAAACUGUUGAGGCUAAUAAUCAACAGAAUGAGCAACCUCCUCCUGCAGUUUCUGAGAAGAAGAGGAAACAGGUUGAGGCCAGAUCACUUGUGUGGGAUCAUUUUGUGAGAAUAAAAGACAGAAAUGAUGUUACUCAAGAAGGGAGGUUUGUAGAGGGAAUAGGUUUCAGGAGAUUUAUUGCUGUUGCAUGCCCUAGGUUUAUAGUUCCAUCUAGGUGGACUAUUAGUAGGGACAUCCUAGUGGUCUUUGAAGAGGAGAAACUGAAGUUGAAAGCCUUUCUAAGGGAAAGCACUCAUAGGGUUAGUAUUACCACUGAUUCUUGGACAUCCAUCCAAAGAAUUAACUACAUGGUAGUGACUGCCCAUUUCAUUGAUUCUGAGUGGAAGUUGCAUAAAAGAAUCAUAGCAUUUGUCCCUGUUACAUCUCACAAAGGGGAAUAUCUUGCAAAGGCCGUAGAAACUUGUUUGCUUGAGUGGGGUUUUAGGAAUGUUUUUACUGUGACUGUGGAUAAUGCCUCAUCUAAUGACACUGCUAUGGGGUUUCUUAAGAAAAAAAUUGUGUCUUGGGGAACAUCAACUGUGAAGGCUAAAUACAUUCACAUGAGAUGCAUUGCCCAUAUCCUUAACUUGGUUGUUCAAGAUGGCUUGAAGGAGUGUGAUUCUUCUGUUAAAAAGGUGAGGGAGGUUGUCAGAUAUGUUAGGAAUUCACCUGCUAGGCUAAAGAAGUUCAGGGAUUUGGUUGAUUUGUUAGGAAUUGAGCAAAGGUCUUCUUUGUGUCUAGAUGUUCCAACCAAAUGGAACUCUACUUAUUUGAUGUUACAAUCUGCUUUGACUUAUCAAAAAGUCUUUGAAUCUUGUGAAGAGUCUGAUAGUUCUUUCAAAUCUGACUUGGAAUCUUGUGAAGAGUCUGAUAGUUCUUUCAAAUCUGACUUGGGUGAUUGUGAAGAGUCUGAUAGUUCUUUCAAAUCUGACUUGGGUGAUUCUGUGCCUUCUGAUAGUUCUUUCAAAUCUGACUUGGGUGAUUCUGUGCCUGAUUUUAUGGACUGGGAAUCUGUUGGCAGUUUGGUGCAGCUGUUGAAAUGUUUUUAUGAUAUGACAGUUAGGAUUUCUGGAUCUUUAUAUGUGACUGCUAACACAUUUUUCAGUGAGAUUUCUGAUUUGUACUGCCUAUUAAAUGGAAUGGUGGAAGCUGGUGGGGCAGUGGGCUUUAUGGGGGAAAACAUGAAAUUAAAAUUUUCAAAGUAUUGGGGUGAUAUAGACAAGAUGAAUCUUAUGAUUUUCUAUGCAAGCAUUCUAGACCCCAGGGAUAAAUUAGAGUAUAUGCCUGUUCAAAUCAAUCAUAUGUAUGGUGAGGAGAAAGGAAAACCAUACUUUGCUAAAGUUCUUACUGGUUUGAAUGAGUUAUUUGAUGAUUAUUCUGCUGGCCAAUCUGUUCCUGCUUCUUCUGUGUCUGCAUCUGCUGGUAGUGCUAGUUCUGUAUCUGCCUCUGUCCAGUCUAUUGGAAGGCCACGACAUUUCCUCAAGUCCCAGAUUAAAAAACAAAGGUUUCCCAUCCUUUCUAAGCUUGCUAGGGAUGUCCUAGCUAUUCCUAUCUCAACUGUUGCCUCUGAAUCUGCUUUCAGUACAUCGGGGAGAGUAUUGGAUCCUUUUAAGAGUUCAUUAACUCCAAAAAUUGUGGAAGCUUUGGUGUGUACCCAAGAUUGGCUUAGGCAGCCAAAUACUCCCCUAUGUAUUGAGGAAAAUCUGGAAGACUUGGAGAGGUUUGAAAAAGUUUUAUAUGGCAAUGAUGAAGCUUCCACCAAUAAACUGAAAAGAAGGAUUAAGUUGGAAGAGGAGUAG